ACAUUUGAUCAGCUUGAAGGAGAAGACACAGCUGCUGAGUUUAAGAACACUUCACUGAGCCAUGGAGGAGAAAAAGCAACCAACAGGAGGGCCUUACUUUGUGGGCAAGAAGGAUGAACUGAUUGAAGCAAAGCGCUCCGUCAGAACACUGGAGGAUCGGGAUGUACUGAUUAUCCACCAACAGGGAGUCUUCUAUGCUCUGGACUCUUACUGUUAUCAUGCUGGGGGAAUGCUGCAGAAUGGAGACAUUGAGGAGCUUAAUGGCAGGCUGUGCAUAAUUUGUCCGAAGCACAAGUACAAGAUCUCUUUAGCCGAAGGGGAGAGCUUGUACAAGGCCACCGACCCCCAGGAGACGCAGCCUGUUCCCAGAUGGUACUCGAAGGGCGUGAAGCAGCGGACGCACACGGUCACAGAGAUCAACGGGGAAGUCUUUGUCCAGCUCUCCAAGAGCCGUGACUGGCUCGAGUCAGACUUCUUCCAGGGAGAAAAGGGCAAGCUGGAAAGAGCUAAAGUGGAGGAAACUGAGAAAAAAGAAAAGAAAAAGCUGGAGAGUAAAAAAUAAGGACUGCAUCUCAAUAGUCAUUAUUUGUGUCUUUGAUCUGCUCUAAAUGACUGUAUGGAGAGGAUGUUGGUUGUUAGAUGACAUGCACUCUGUGCUUUAUUUCAAGUAAACUUGGGCAGGAAUGGCCUUUAAAGUGAUCUUCUUUUUAAUGAGUGUGGGAGCAUUUAGAAUUUUAAAUUGCUGAGCUGACAUGAUAAUGUUUUUCUUCAAAGCGUGGUACCACUUUGGCAUUUUAAGUUUGUUUCUCAAAACCAUUAUCCUCUUCACUAAAUAAAAAUUCUAUCAAUUAAUUUAGAUUUCUGACUCUAUCUUCUUUAGUUGGACAGCGACAUGAGGUAAUUAAAUGUGUGCCCACACUGAUGCAUCCUUUACAUUUCAGUACUCUUCAUGUACUAUGCAUACAGCAAAUUAAUCGAUAAAAUUAAAGAAAAAAAAAA